CCAACAUAUACCACAAAUAGCGGCUCUUGCCCAGACGAUUGUGGAUGGCAUAGAAAGGGCAUAUCACCCAGAUGUUAAUCCAAACAAAACAGCGAGUGACUAUGCCGCCCUUUCGAAUCUUGCUACGCAAUUUUACGAAUUCUUACGCGAGACGGGAGUCGGUGCCCUGCCUAUCUUUGAGCCACCACAGACAUCCAGCGACGUUGGUGUCAAUACGGAUGCAGAUGCGAUGGCUCUGGAUAUUAUUUCUGCACCACCUCUACCAGAAGUGUCAAAUAUCACAAACAUGACGGAAGAAGAACUCAGGACUAAAUUAAACGCGGAUGUCAAUGUCCAGUAUACACAACAACGAAGGGUGGUAGAAAAUGCCAACAUC